AUGAGCCACAACCAAUAUCCUCAGCAAUCCCAAAACCAUCACUGGCAACAACUCCAGCAGAACAUGCAGAACGGUCACCACAUGGCCCAGCAGAACCAGCCAAAUGUUAACGUGCCAGCUCCUUCGAACGUGAACCCAGCUCAGCACGCGUUCCCCAAUUCCACUUUCGAUAUCGCGUCUGUCGUUCCACAGCAGCUCAUGCAGGACUUUCUUCGCCUCACAAUUCCAGUCGGCCAGUCACCUAAUGACGAUUCAAUCCUCGCUCAAGCUCUUUUUGACUGCAAGCAGUCCGGGAGGACAUACAGACAGGCUCUGGAAGGGUUACAUGGUGUCAAUAAUCACGCUGCAAACCUUUGGAAAGACUAUUACCUUGACCACCACGACCGUUUCGAUGUCCUCGUCGCCCGUCUGGCGGAAAAAAGCCAAACAUCAAAAGUAGUCAAAAAACCUUUUGCUUCCACCACCGCAUCUACUUCCGUGGCAAAGUCUGCUUCUCCUCUACGCGAUCGCGAGCGUGACUCGCGAAAACGACAACCUUCCCCUUCCCCACCACUCCGACAAAGUCGACCACCCAAACGCUCAACACCAACCGCCAUCAGCACAACCCCCUCCCUCGGCUACCGUCCUCCAAAACGCCCCCGAGCAACCCUCAACUCCCUCUCCGCGCCCCUCCUCCCGACAAACCUUCCCGCCAAUCUUAUGCCGCUUCAGGCGGACAUUACAUUGCCCCCUCCACCAUCACGAAGCCCUACGCCCCCGACAAGAAUCGAAGCUGGGACAAAUGGAAAUAAGUAUACCGAAGAGGAUCGCGCGUAUUUCUUAAAUUUUAUUGGUUGGAGGUUAAGUCAGGACGCGAGCCUGACGAAGAAGGAGCUGUGUGCGAUGUUGCAUGAAAAGGCCCCACAUCAUAGCGCGCCCUCCUGGGCAUCUCACUGGCAUGCCAGACACGACAUCGCAGACAAGAUCCUGUACUCCUUCCAGGGCGAUGAUGACGAUGACGAUGACGAUGAAGAAGAAGAAGAGGAUGAAGAAGAGGAAAACUCAGACUCCCCAAACACGCCCACCGAUGAAGUUGAAGACUCAGAAACUGAAGUCAUUCCGGACAUGGGAGCAAUUGGCGGCUCGUUCACGCCUGCGGAUUGGAGGAUCAUAGCCAGGUAUGUUGCGCGCACGCCGGGGUGGAACGACAUGGUAAGUCGAGAACGGUGGGAGGGAUUUCUUGAAAGGUUCCCGGAUAGCGAAAGAUCAGACAAAUCGUGGGCUGAGUUCUACAGAAGGAACGAAGAUGCCAUCAUGACCCUGGCAGCCCACUACAAAGGUACAAAGUGGUCGAGCAAUAGUAGUAUGAAAAUGCAACAAGGACGGCCGAGUUGGGCGCGCAAUCGGGGACGGCAAAGCACAGAGGGAACAGAGGAGAAAGGAUCGGAUGAAGAUGGCGAUUAUGAAACAGACGAUGGUGAACGAUAG